UAUCUAGUGCGUGGAUCUAUCAUCUCAAAAAUUUAUUUUAUACACCUGUUUCGAUUUCGUAAAUCUAUCGUUACUCAUAAUUGUCCUUUUCUCCAGAACAAACAAAUCAACCACAAUGCAUCACCAUUCCGGCGCUGGGGUCAAUCAUCGUUACGAUCUCGAUCCGGCGAACAGCGGACACCGGGAUCGUCCCACCGGAGACCAUCGUCGUUGGCCGCUUCGGAAAGUGACGUCUACACGAAAUCUAUCGAUGACGAUUACAGUUCGACGAAGAGCGGAUACAACCCGUACGCCGAUGCAGCAGCCGGUGGUUCGGUGACGACGACCGAUUCAGCACAGACUACUGGAAAUGGGUGCUCCAGUGGCCCAGCGGGAGUUGCCUCCUGGGGAACGUCUUUCGAGAAGCUAUUAGAGGAUGCGGCUGGAUUACACACAUUUUCUGAAUUUCUUAAAAAAGAAUUCUCGGCCGAAAACAUCUACUUCUGGACGGCCUGCGAAAGGUAUCGCCAGCUUGCCGAUCGAGAGGAACGAGCCAAGGAGGCGCAAGCUAUUUUCGCUAAACAUCUGGAGUCCGGUUGCAGCGAACCGGUUAACGUGGAUUCGAUUGCCCGCAAUAUUGCUCAGGAAAAUUUACCACAAGCGGAGCAAACACUUUUCGCUGCAGCUCAGAAACAAAUUUUCAAUCUGAUGAAGUUUGAUAGCUACCAGCGUUUUAUAAAAUCUGACAUGUACAAAACUUGUCAGGAUUCUGAGACGAAAGGGCAAACGCUCCCUUAUCCUGGUGAUCAACUGGAUCCUUUACUAAGGACGAGUUUUGCGGUGCAAUUGCCGACGAAGCUAAAGAAAUCACUAAGCAAUGCAGAGGACCGACGGAGAAAGUCACUGCUUCCCUGGCAUCGCAAGACGAGGUGUAAGUCUAAGGAUCGUGGUGACGCGGAGGUAAAAAAGGAGAGUGGCAAAUCAUCGCUUUCCAAUGGGGGAGGGACGGGAGGCAGCAGUAAUACGUUGAAGGUUCUGUCGACCAACUCUAAUAGUGAUAUUCAUAGUUCCAGAAGUUCUUUGGCAAGUUUCGAUGCCGCCAUCGGUAAGGCAUACGAUCAGGAUGACACGCGAAACACAUUGUGCCGUGUGAUACUGUCCAAUGGAGCGACGACGGUGGUUCAGACACGUUCGAAUGAAACCAUUAAGGAACUGGUCGAGAGGUUGCUAGAAAAGCGAGGAAUAGUAUACAAUGCUUACGAAGCGUUUCUAUCCGGCAACCACAAGCCCCUAGAUCUGGAUGGUCCGUCUUCUAGUCUCGCAGGAAAGGAGGUGAACAUCGACCAACGGGUCGUGUUCAAAAUAAGCCUGCCCAACAGAAAAAUGAUUUCAGUGAAAAGUAAGGCCACAAAACCACUCGGGGAUGUUCUGAGGCCUAUUCUGUUGAAAUAUAACUAUGAACUGGAUCAAAUGAAUGUCUACUCAAAGGACGUCUUUUUAGACAUGACUUAUCAGGUAACCAGUGUUGACGGUUUAUGGUUGCAGGUCCGCAACGGGAAUGAGAACGAGUUCCAUCAGGAUCUAACGCGAACGAUCGCUUCCCGCUCGGAAAGGUCAUACGCCAACCAGGCACCACCUCCACUGCCUAUCAUUGCUACGGCUCAGCACCAGCAAAUUAUUAAUCAUUUUCAGCAACAACUGCACCAUCAAUCGCAAUCUCAGUCCCAACCGCAUAGUUUUGCAAUCCCCUCUAGUGCACCGACCUUUCUGAACAAUAAUAUAACUAAAAAGGCUCAUUCCGUGGGGUAUGGUGGUCCAUCUCACAAUAAUAAUAACAAUAACAACAAUCACCUAAAGAGCAAGGAAGAUCCGAAGGAUGACACCAAGCAGGAACUUAACAUGCUGGAUGAGAUUACGAACAAGGUGUUCAACGAACUUAUGAACGGCAAAAUUGCGAAUGGCAAAGUUCCGGAGGAUUGCACGUCGGAUAGUUCUUCGACACGGAGGGAGCGAUUCAGAAGGCGAGGAUCUAAUGCUCCUUCGGAGAGUGGUCGUGGAGCGAAGAGCAAGAAAUGCUCAACCGGUGGCUCAGAAGACGGUGGAGAGAGUGUUAACAAUGGCGGUACAAAAAAGCCUAUUAUAGCAAAAUUGAAAGCAGGAGUCAAGCUGCAGAUUCCAACCCGAUCCCAGAAUGAUGAAUUACUAGAAGGACUGAAACGCGCUCAACGAUCGAGGCUGGAGGACCAACGUGGUACCGAAAUCAACUUUGAGCUGCCAGAUUUCCUUAAAGAUAAAGAAAAUUUCACCGGAACUGGCAGUAAUAAUCCGGCAACUAGUGCAGUAUCAUCCGCUGGAGCUGCUCCAUCAUCCAAAUUUGUACGUAAAUUGGGCAAACGCUCCGAGUACGUAACAAGUUCAUCGCUUGAGUUCCCGCUAAGCACUAGUACGACCGGCGGAUCCCUGCAGCAAAUUCAUAAACCCCAACCAGCUCCACGGCUGUCCAUUGCGGGUCCACGUAGUCUAGCCGCUGGUGGCAACAGGAGUCCUACAUCUCCGGGAGGACCCGUUCAAUCGGCAUCGAGUGAGAGCAAUUUGAAUAAUCUGUCCAUUCGGUGCAAUCCAUCGCCACUUACACUGGAUGAUAAUGGGAACGGUUCCCAAUCGGAGAAUAGUUAUGCGGACACAACCCUGGUUUUCACUCAUGGCCCUCCGAACCCUUGCAAUUCGCCCAACGUAUCCCCGUCGGCACACUCGAUUCACCUUGCAUCGAAUUUCCAGUUGCCAAACGCGUCCGGUCACGACGAUCUGUACGAGCCAGGACAACACGGCGGUUCACAUUCCGGCAAAAACUUCGGCAACGAUGCUUCCAGUAGCUACCAUCGUCAUCAGCACCAUCACCACCAUCAUUCCCAGGUGCCACAAAGUUCCGUUCAUCAUCAUCACUUUUCGGCUAGCACCAGCAGUGAUAGCGGUAGUAGCAACAGCAGCAGUAGCAGUGGUAGUAGUAGUAGCAGUAGCAGCGAGGGUGAGAAUCAAAAAGGUCCACCGCCGUUACCGCCAAAGCCGAAGAUCUUACCCAUUAAACCGCCCAACUGGGGUCACACGACAGCUUCGUCGAUAGGCAGCAGCAGUAGCGGUAGCAAUCAGAUGAGCACCAGUCUAUGUAAUCUAUCCACCGGGUCAAGCGGGAACGGUGGACACGGUGGUAGCCACAAAGGUGUUAGUGGGAAUAAGAAUAUCGGCACUAGUAAUAGUAAUAGUAGUAAGGAGAGGAGGUUGUCCGGACAGGUUGCUGGGGCUCAGGAACAAAAGUCCCAGCAGACGAGAAGUGUAUAUUUUGAUCAUGCAAGUAGCAGCUUUGUGUAAUAUAAGAGUAUAGAACAAUGUUUGAUUAUAGGAUCUACAGAUUUUUUAUCAGAAGUUUGGCUUGUAAAGCGAAUUUUUCUUUUGUGUGCAUACUUUGAUUUUAUGGUUUUAUUUAUUUUUUUGUCGAUUGAACUGUAUGUAUUAUAUUUCUAUUUUUGCCAAUGUAUAAACAAUAAUUAUACUCAGAAUAUAGGCUUUUUCAAUAA